AUGGGAGGUGGCAGAGAUGAGCAAUCUGUCUAUCCGUUCUACAAGGUCAACAUCCAUGAGGCGCGGGCGGCUGCACAUAUAGCACGGAGCUUGCCCUUCCUCGUCUUCGUGACAAUUGUUGGUUUGCUGAUUUUCGGCGUCUUCUGGAAUGCAGUGUUACUUCUCACAGUCACGGCUACUCUAAACGUAGCAAUGUGGCUGUGGGUCGUUUCCACUGCUGUCUUUUGCAUGCUCGGCGUCGAUGCCGCAGAGGAACAGCUUCGGAAGGCAGGGGCGGAAGCCAGCUCCGGCCCGUGUGAGGUGGAAAGCCAGGAUAAUGUGCGACACACAAUCGUUCUUCCAAACUACAAGGAGGAUGAAGGCAUCCUGGAGACCACGCUAGAAAGCCUUUCUGAGGCACGUGGAUCUGCACACUUUAUCGUAGUGCUUGCCAUGGAGGACAGGGAAGCGGAGGGCCGGGACAAGGCUGCCAAGAUGGAGGCCAAGUUCAAGGACAAGUUCUUCAAGAUCUUUUCCACUCAUCAUCCCCAGACACUGAAGGAGCGUCAUCUGGAUGGAACCGAGUGUCCAGAGUUGCCGGGCAAAGCUUCCAACGUCAAAUGGGCUGUCACGCAGGUCUGUAGGGAGAGCAAGAUUUCCGACAGAGAUGUCCUCACUGUGUGCGAUGCAGAUGUCAUCAUGCAUCCCCAUUACUUCGAGCACAUUAGCUCCGAGUUCGUGAAGUUGAAGGAGGACAAAAGCCACUUGCACACUAUGUGGCAGGCUCCGCAGCUGCCAUGGCGAAACUUCUACGAGAGUCCUGUCGUUUCUCGCGUCUGGGGGUACAUCAGCUCUCUGUGGGAGUUUGGGGGUGUCAGCAGUGUGAUGUACGGAUGGCAUCACAUGGUCUUCAGUGCGUACAGCUUGCCGCUUGAACUUGCAAGAGAUGUUGAAUGUUGGGAUGGAGACGUUAUCGCAGAGGACCAUCACGCUUUUCUCAAGGCUUGGUUCUACAGUGCGUACAUCAUGUCUCAGAAGAAGGAGGAGGACGUCGUGCCCAGGCUGGUGCGGGUGAAGCCCGUCAUGUUACCUGCCAAGUCGACAUCCGUCAACUCGCCAGUGUCAUACUGGAGCUCUUGGGAGGAACGAUGGCAGCAGGCCAAGCGGCACGCUCAAGGAGUCGCCGAGGUUUCCUACGCCGCCUUGGCUGCCUGGGACAUGCUCGGUUCUGUGCCUGUUACCUCUUUCGGGAUACAGUUCAUGUGGAUGCUUUUCAAAGUGGUCUUCAAGCCAGUGAUGAUGCAUCUGGUGGCGACAACGCAAGCGAUUGCAUUGGCAGUGCUCACCAUCUAUUGGGUGACACAUCACUACAAAGUGCCUUGGUGCCCCGAAAAGUUGGUUCUAACGGAGAUGCUGUCGUCAGGUGAUACUCUGCUGUGUGGAUUAGCCGGGGCAUGGGUGCUUACUUGGCCGAUUGUGAUUCCCUUUGGCUUGCUGAUGGUCGCCAACUACAUGAUGCUUCGGAAGUGUUUCAUAUCGCCUGGUGAGCAGGACAAGAAGCUGACGUGGCACAAGGAGGAUGGCGGCGUAGUCCCCUUUGACAGCUGGUGGCUUGGACCUCUCCGAGGUUCGAAGUCCUUUACGAUGAUGAUAACGCUGAUGUUCGACUGCAUCGUUUGUCUUGGACCAAUCAUGGCCUUCUACGGAGUCCUCGUCGAGAUUCUCGCGUACUGGAACGUUUUCGUCAGGGGUAAUAACUUCAAGUAUGUCACUGCAAGCAAAUCGAUGGAUCGCAAGUCUGCGUACGGAGCUGUCGAGAGUGCCAAGGCGCCGCCGGCCCUGGGCAACGAGUAUGCAGAGGAGUCCACAGAAGCUGAGCCUGAGCCGACAACCAAGGAAGACAAAUCGCACUCCUAG